CCCAGAGGAUACCAAAAAGUCUAAUUAAAAAGAUCCAGCUGGCUAUUGUGGGAGCUGCGGAACAUUGAUCGGCUUCCUGUUCGAUGAAAAAUGAUAAGCUUAGCAAUACAUGCAAUGCGGCCACAACGAUUAAAGCACCCGUUGAAACCAUGGUACUAGGAGCACAUAAAGCACAGAGGAAAACAAAAAAAAAAAAAUUAUUUUACAAAUAUUUUAUGUUUGUAAAAAGCAAAAAAAGAAAAAAAAAUAUGAUGAAAAGUAGGGCUUUCCAAAUUUUCCAAAUUUACUAGUUUUAGAAACUGUUACAUAAGCUAAGAUGAAGAUAGAACGGUUAGAAAGAUUUUUACGCCUUUUAUUUGUUCUAGAGGGGAAUGCUAACCGAUUGUUUAGUUAGUCAAGAUGUUGACACUAUGCUAGAUCGCUGCACUAUUGAAAUGUUAGUAAGGGUCCGGCAGUGGUGUCCGUGAGAGACGGAUGAAUUUUGUCAGCGAUGGUCUUGCAAACUCUUUCAACAUAUAAUAUAUUAGAUAUAGAAUUGUGAACUGUAAUUAACAACUGCGGACUAUUUCAAACAAUAGGAAAAUGAGCGUUCGACCAAUUCGAUUAAUAUUGAAAUUGAUGGGCGGAUGGUUAGUUCAAUGAAAAUUACAGCUGCAGCUUAGAUUAGCGAUUAUAAAACAAAUGCGUGAUGUCAUUUACUUUAUUUUUUUUGCACAAAGUAGAGAGUAUUUGAAAAAAGAGUUAUCUGUUUUGUAUUCUGGCAGCCCCUUUGCGUAUUAUUGAAAGAAAGACAGAAUAAAAAGAAAAUAACAGUCAAGAAGAUAACGUCAAAAUUUGUAACUUUCCAUCCAUUCCAUUCAUCCGAAGUUGUAAAUAUUCUCAGAAAAUUUUUUACAAUACUUCAUAUUUAACAUAUUUUAAAUAUGUCGGCAAAUAAUAAUAAUACGUUGCGUUCUGCAAAUGUUACCGAAAACGACGUACCGAUAUACCAUAUGCCUUUAACAGUCAGAAAGCAUCUUUGUGGACACUUGGAUGAGCUCAAAGUAUGGAUGCAAUUAGCUGAGGAAAUGCAUUUAAGGCCUUCUGAAAUUCAGGACAUUAAAACUAAACAGCUAGGAUCAGGCAAAUCUCCCAGUAAUGAGUUAUUAUUAAUUUGGGGCCACAAAUACGAUCACUCAGUUACUGAACUUUUUAAUCUCUUGCAUAGAUUAAAACUUUUCCCCGCUAUGCGUAUUCUGAAACAGUUGGUCAGCCGCCAGCACCAAUUGAAAAUACCGCCUAGUGCGCCGGCUUUCAGUAAAAUUAUGACCAAUAAUUUGAAUCCUGCUGGUAAUAAUGAUGAUCAAAUGUCUCAAAAACAGGAUAGUACUACCUCAGGUGUUAGUAACUCAAACGACACAUCAGACAAUAACAAUAACAAUUGGCGGAGUCGUUCCCGGUUACAAGCAGAUAGAAAUGAACGCUUAUCAUUGGUCACUGACUCCAGUGUCCAAAAGUAUGCUAGUUGUCUUCUGGAAAUUAAUUAUUUCGAGCUUUGUGACGCCACGAAUAAUUGGGAUGAAAAGUUCAUUUUAGGCAAAGGUGGCUUUGGUACUGUGUUUCGUGGUUAUUGGAAACACACCGAAGUGGCAAUUAAGCAAAUUCAUUAUCGCGGUACAGAUGGUCGUGAAAAUAUUAAAAUACAAAUACAGCAAAGCCUUAACGAGUUGAAAUAUUUGAAUGCGUGUCGUCACGACAACAUAUUACCUUUGUACGGAUUCAGUAUUAAAGGCGAGAAACCUUGUUUGGUUUAUCAAUUAAUGAAAGGUGGUUCAUUGGAGCAACGGUUAAAUUCAAAAAAAAUGACACCGCUUACGUGGGAACAACGAAUCUCUAUUUGCUUGGGUUCAGCACGAGGUAUUAAUUUUUUACACACAUUUCGCAACAAGCCUUUAAUACAUGGUGAUAUUAAGCCAGCCAAUGUUUUGCUCGAUCAAUGUUUGCAGCCAAAAAUUGGCGAUUUUGGUUUAGCCCGAGAAGGACCUAAUGAUAUCAAUUCCGCCGUUGAAGUAACUCAAGUAUUCGGUACCAGACCAUAUUUGCCACCGGAAUUUUUAAAUUCAAGAAAACUGAGUACCAAAGUGGAUACAUAUAGUUUUGGUGUCGUGCUACUAGAGGUAUUUACCGGUAUGCGAGUUUACGAUAGUCAUCGUCGCGAGCAAUUACUAACGAAACAUAUAAUGAGCCAAACUUGUAAAAUUGAAGAGUUAAUUGAUAAACGAAUACCUCUGUUACCGGGUCAAGAAGAAAUGUGCAAACGCAGCAUAGAAUUAAGUUUAAAAUGUAUAGCAAAAAGCCCUCAGGAUCGACCUGAAAUGGAAGACGUUUUAAAAACCAUUUACACUUAUCAUGUACAUUUCGCUUAAGCAGAACUUCCCUCCCGUGCAAUUAUGACAAUUGAUGUGUACCUAAUAUUUUGAAAUGAAAAUGCAAUGCAUUCCUUUUAUUUUAUAUCGCAAAGCGAGAGUGUGCAAAAAUUCCAUUUUAAUUUUUUAGCUUAAAUUUAUUUUACAAUUGAGAAUUUUUCAAUUAUCUAUCAAAUAUGUGUAAUGACAUAUGUAAGUUGUGUACGAUUUUUAGCCAAUAAGAAAAUAAGAAUGAAA